CGUCCUCCCAUCCCAACUAAGACAAACCAAAAUUCAGAUCUCCAAAGCUACUUCCUAACUUGUUUUAUGCCAUUCUCCCUUCUUGCAGCGAGAGAAGUGGAGACCGGAGACAGCGCAAGACAUCGUGAACUUGCUGAAAAGUUGCAGAUUUGUACAACACCCUUCUGCACCAUCACCACAAAGCAAGAAUAUCCUUAUCUAAGAAAGAAACGAUCCAUGAGGUUUGUUCGAGAGGAGAAAGCUUAGCCUGGGAGAAGACUCCAAAGGUCCCACAGCCAACUUCCAAGCCUGCUGAGGCAGCAAGAGAAGCUGCCUUUCCACUGAGCGAAAAUGUUUACCAGGGCUAAAGCCAAGAAGAAGGAGGAGGUUGGGAGUAAAUCAGUGGGUGCCACCAAGAAGGAGCAGAAGGCAGCCAAGAAGCAAGUGGUGAAAUCAGAGCCUCAGGUGAAAGUUGAAGCUAAGAAGCAAGAAGAGCAGAAGAAGCCUGUCCAGGAAGAAGAAUCCAAGAGUGGCGCUGCUGCCACCCCUUCCACCAGCACUGGCCGCCGUCGCCGUGGCCGCCCCCGUGGUUCCACCAAAAAGGCUGUCGGCCGAGCCGGGGCCCAAGGCCAAGCUGCGGUCCAAGGCCAAGCCGGGACCCAAGCCCAAACCAGGGCCCAAAGCCAAGCCAGGGCCCAAGGCCAAGCCAGAGUCCAAGGCCAAGCUGGGGCCCAAGUUCAAGCCGGGGCCCGUGGCAAAGCUGGUCCCCGCGGCCAAGCUCGCCAGGAGGGCACUGCCGGCUUGGGCACCAGUUCUGGUUCUCAGAGCCAAGGUGGCCAACAAUUUGCUCAACCAUCUGUGAAGCUUCCACGGGGGAAGAAAGGGAUGCACAAGUACGACAAUAAAGGAAGGCUGACCCUGAAUGGCGAAGACCUCUGUGACUGCCUGGAUACUGAUUGCCUGGGAUGUUUCUACCCAUGCCCUGAAUGCUAUUCUACCAAGUGCGGGCCCACCUGCCGCCGCAACCGCAAGUGGAUUUACGAGGCCAUUACCGAGGAGGGUGGAGAAGUGGUCAGGACCUUCCCUUUUCCUCAUGCUAAGUAUUAAAGGAGUCAGAAUUUUCCUGCGACUCACCUCAGAGUCUCUCUUCUGCAGCUUGUGAAAUGGAAAAAAUAUAUAUAUAUAUAUAUAUAUAUAGACAUAUAUAUUUAAAAUAGUUAUAAAAUUCGAUAACAGAAGAAUAUAUAUUGUUAAGUUGACAGCAUAUAAAAAAGAAUAAAAAAAUUUGUGAAGUUAACACAUUGU